AUGAAGUCGUUUGUGAGAGCUCUCCGUCCCGCGGUGCGGAGGAGCCAGACCGUUAUCGCUCCCCAGAUACGACGUCCGUUUCUCGCGCAGUGUGCCCGUCCUCUCUCCACAACUGCACCACGCCGAGACGCCAGCCUAGCCGAUGUUGCCCCAACGCCUAUCACACACUUCUCCGAAGUCGAGACGGCCAUGGCCGAGACCGUACAAAAGUUCGCAACCGACGUGAUCCUGCCCAAGGUGCGCGACAUGGAUGAGGCCGAGCAGAUGGACUCUACGGUCGUAGAACAGCUUUUUGAGCAGGGCUUGAUGGGCGUGGAGAUUCCUGAGGAGUAUGGCGGCGCCGGCAUGAACUUCACGGCCGCUAUCGUUGGCAUCGAGGAGCUGGCCCGUGUGGACCCCUCCGUAUCCGUCAUGGUCGACGUGCACAACACCCUCGUCAACACGGCAGUGAUCAAGUGGGGCAGCCAAGCACUGAAGAAGAAGUAUCUCCCCCGCCUUGCCACCAACACCGUGGGCUCGUUCUGUUUGUCGGAGCCCGUCAGCGGGUCCGACGCAUUUGCCCUCGCGACCAAGGCCACUGAAACAGAAAAUGGGUUUAAGAUCAACGGGGGCAAGAUGUGGAUCACCAACAGCAUGGAGGCGGAAUUCUUCAUUGUGUUUGCCAACCUUGACCCAAGCAAGGGUUACAAGGGCAUCACGGCCUUCGUGGUGGACAAGGGCACUAAGGGCUUUAGCAUCGCUAAGAAAGAAAAGAAGCUGGGUAUCAAGGCCAGCAGCACGUGUGUACUCAACUUUGACGAUGUCGAGGUACCCAAAGAGAAUCUGCUUGGCGAGCGGGGCCAGGGUUACAAGUACGCUAUCUCGCUGCUGAACGAGGGCCGCAUCGGUAUCGGCGCGCAAAUGACGGGUCUUGCGCUCGGCGCGUGGGAGAACGCGGUCAAGUACGUCUGGAACGACCGCAAGCAGUUUGGUCAGCUCGUCGGCGAAUUUCAGGGGAUGCAACACCAAAUUGCCCAGUCGUACACCGAGAUUGCCGCAGCCCGUGCCCUCGUGUACAAUGCCGCCCGCAAGAAGGAGGCAGGCGAGAACUUCGUCAUGGAUGCUGCUAUGGCAAAGCUAUACGCCUCACAGGUUGCUGGCCGUGUAAGCGGUCUGGCGGUAGAGUGGAUGGGCGGCAUGGGCUUCGUCCGUGAGGGCCUGGCAGAGAAAUUCUGGCGCGACAGCAAGAUUGGUGCCAUUUACGAGGGGACGAGCAACAUCCAACUCAAUACCAUUGCCAAGACGCUACAAAAGGAAUACACUGCUUGA